AUGGUAUUAUCUCUAGAGCUUGGGAGAUUGACCAAGAGGGUACUCCUAUGCACAUGGUUUCAAAAAAGCUUAAAAAAAUGCAAGAAGUUGCUUACGGCAUGGAACCAUGAUCACUUCGGUAGUGUGCUGAAAAAAAUAAAACCCUUGGAGGAUCGGCUUUGGAGGGCUGAAGUAGAUUUGGUUAGGUCCGGGGAGGUUGAUGUGGUGAAUCGUUUGAAGAAAGAGCUUAAUGAAUUAUGUGCACAAGAGAAGAGAAUAUGGCACCAACGGUCUCGAGUUCAGUGGUUACAAAGUGGUGAUCAGAAUACUAAAUUUUUUCAUGGUGUCUCCACCCAACGAAAGCGAAGGAACUUUAUAAAGGUGCUGCGUGAUGAGAAUGGAACUUGGCAGGAAAAUGAGGAGGUUAUUUCAGGUUUGCUAAUUGAGUAUUAUGCUAAUUUGUUUACGACUUCCAAUCCUCGCAAUCUUGAAAGGAUUUUGGAAGGGGUUCAACCAGUGGUGACUAAAGAUAUGAGGGCUGCCUUGGCUAGGCCUUUUAUUGUGGAAGAGGUGGAAUGUGCUAUUAAGGACAUGGCUCCGCUAAAGGCCCCAGGACCGGAUGGGAUCCUCCCUUAUUCUAUUAAACAUAUUGGACUGAUAUAG